GCCAUGGGAAUGGGAGUUGCCACUUCCCGCGGCCGAGGGCGUUGGGGCCCUACCCGGGAGUCGUGACUCCAGCCCCACCCGCGGCUGCCCAGCCUUGGGAGGGCAGAGAACUGGCGCUCUCCGGUGUCACUGGGAGCAGGCCGCCAUGGCGUCCGACGAAGGCAAACUUUUCGUGGGCGGGCUCAGUUUUGACACCAACGAGCAGUCGCUGGAGCAGGUCUUCUCCAAGUACGGACAGAUCUCGGAAGUGGUGGUGGUGAAAGACAGGGAGACCCAGCGAUCGCGAGGCUUUGGUUUUGUCACCUUUGAGAACAUCGAUGAUGCCAAGGACGCCAUGAUGGCCAUGAAUGGGAAGUCUGUGGACGGGCGGCAGAUCCGAGUUGACCAGGCUGGCAAGUCAUCCGACAAUCGAUCCCGAGGGUACCGAGGUGGCUCUACUGGAGGCCGGGGCUUCUUCCGUGGGGGCCGGGGCCGGGGCCGUGGGUUCUCCAGAGGGGGAGGGGACCGAGGCUAUGGGGGUGGCAGGUUUGAGUCCCGGAGUGGGGGCUACGGAGGCUCCAGAGACUACUACAGCAGUCGGAGUCAGGGUGGUGGCUACGGUGACCGGAGCUCAGGUGGUUCCUACAGAGACAGCUAUGACAGUUACGCUACACACAACGAGUAAAAAUCCUUCCUGCUCAAGAUCGUCCUUCCAAUGGCUGUGUAUUUAAAGAUUUUGGGAGCUUCGCUGAAUCGUUAAUGUGUAGUGAACACACCUCCUUGUAUGCCCACUUUUGUAGUCAUUUCAGUUCUGAUCUUGUCAACCCAGCCUGACUGCUUCUGACCCCCAAGAUGGCCUCAUUACUAGACUUUUCUUUUUUAAGGAAGCGCUGUCCGUUUUUAAAGGUUUUAAAAACGUUUUGAAAAGCACUUCAGAUUUUAUUUUUUACCAUGAGCCAUGGGUUUUUAAAAAACACUUGCAGGGGUUGUGUGGUUUUUGUUUUUGCAGUGCUGGGGUUGGAACCCAGAGCCUCAUGCAUGCAAAGCAAGUGCUCUACCACUGAGCCACACCCCAGCCCUGUUGUGUGGGUUGUUGGUUACUGGUUUUUUUGGUUUUGGAUUUUUUUGGUUGUGUUGCUUUUUUUGUUUCUUUUUAGUGGGGUCACCCGGCGAAGUUGGGUGCCCCAUCACUUCUCUGAGAUCACGUGGACUCUGACUCCGCUCUCUGUCGGAAGCUGAGCAAGCUGAGGCUUUUCCAACUCUGUGUAACGUUUCUGAGUGUAGCGUGAUAGGACACUGCCCCGGGCGGCUGCACAGGCUGCCCUGGAGCCCCGCCUGCACGCUCAUCUGUGCUGUGUGCGCCCCACAGUAGAGGUGCAGAUGUCCCUGCAGAGGUUCUUGAAGAUGUUUAUUUAUAUUGUCCUUUUUUACUGGAAGACGUAUGCAUACUCCAUCGAUGUUGUAUUUGCAGUGGCUAAGGAAUUCUUGUACGCAGUUUUCUUUGGCUUUACGAAGCCGAUUAAAAGACCGUGUGAAACGAA